UACACAAAUACUGACCCAAACUAGCGGCAGGAUGGGCUUCAACAGAGGGGGACCUGUGGUUCAGCACCCCUUCGGAACAGGAGAAGAGAAGAAGAUCUUUCCUUACUUCCAUCCGCACACCCUUUUGGGAAACAAGUUUCUCCCUCUUAGGGGAGCACCCCACAUAGGGCCAGGAUGUUACACAACAGAUACUAGGUAUGACUGGGUAUACAACCUCUCCAAAAUCCCGACCAGUAAAAAAGGAUAUACUUUGGGAGCCAGAACAGCCAUGAGGUUUAAGCCGAAUAAGGAUCUGACACCUCACCCAGGCACGUACCAGACAAUAAAUCUUCAGGAGGGAAAACAAAAACAGAGUUCUGCUCCAUUUAAUGUCAUGUUGCCUCGAUUUAUAUCUCACUCAAAGGACAUGAGUUAUCCUGGCCCUGACAUGUACAACCCGCAGAUAAAGCCACCCGCAAAAGUCACCUGGCCAAUGAAAUUUGGAUCUCCAGACUGGGCUCAGAUUCCAUGUCUGCAGAAAAGGACCCUAAAAGCUGAGCUGCCCAGCGACAGGGACUUCAAAAGACAUCGGAACCGUAUGGCCUACUUGAGCCUGUUUUAUGGUUCAGGAGCUGGGUCUUCCUUCACAUGCUCCUCCUGACCGCAGCAUCUCCCCGAUGGAGGACGGAGCUGCUCCUCUCCCUCUGCACUGUGUGGUCUGCCCCUCGGCCAGCCUGAGGCCCAGGGAGGGGCAGGGGGCCCUAAGUGCCCCGUGAGAGCAUAAAGGCCGGUUUGGUGUUGUUUUUCGGCCCUCACGGCA